AUGCAAUUAUACAAUGUCUUCGCCUUCCCCAUCGUGCGCGACCAGCUUAUCGCCAAUACAAUCCUUGUCGCACUCGCCACCUUUCUGGUAAUAUUGCGUGGCAUUUCCCGACGAAUCCGAAAAACCCAUGUAGGAUGGGAUGAUGCAUGUUGCGUCGCGGGGCUAUUUCACACAUAUGGAAUGCUCGCGAUGCAAUUCCACUAUGCUCGUGUCGGGAUGCGACACCACAUCAAGGCUAUCCCCCAGGAGAAUGCCGUCAUAAUCGCUAAGAUGCUUAUGGUCUACCAAAUCGUUUACUACAACGCCAUGGUCUUCGCCAAGUUUUCUUAUCUCGCCUUCUACCUCCGAAUCUUUGUGUCGCGCGAAUUCCGCAUCCUGACGUGGAUCUGUAUGGGGUGUGCAGGUGCAUACUGGACCGGGAGUAUGCUUCAGAUUUUCCUGAUCUGCACGCCCUUCGAGAAGAACUGGAAUCCGACUAUGCCCGGUCAUUGCGCUAGUCAGAAUGUGGCAUUUUCGACAAUUGGAGCCUUUAACCUUAUCACUGAUAUGAUGAUCAUGGCGUUGCCGAUUCGCUUUGUCUGGAAAUUGCAGAUGUCACUCGCGACUAAGUUGGCGUUGGUUGGAAUCUUUGGAUUGGGUAUCUUGUAUUUUUUCCCUUUCCCCGUGUUUCUAAGUUUCCAGUGGCAAAGUUCUCACAAAUAUCACAGUAUUGCCUCCAUCACUAUCAUCCGCAUUCAUAUUCUCACCACGGUCGAUUUCACCGAUCUAUCUUACUCAAUGAUCUGGGCUGCCUUCUGGAGUGUCACGGAACCUGCUCUUGCCAUUUCGAAUUCCUGCGCGCCCAUGCUCCGACCAAUUCUCAAGGCCGCUUUCCCGUCUUUGUUCUCCAGUGUCCGUAUUGCAUACUCGACGCAGCCGUCGACGGGACCCACCUUGAGUAAGAGUAGUACGGCGAAACGGGGGUAUGGCAUGGAUGAGAUGGAUAGUGAAUUCCCGCUCACUCAACUAGAUCAAGUACCAGGAUCAGCGGAUGGAACGUCGUUGAAUGAUCAGUCGCAGGAUGCUCGCUCACACUAUAUGCCAUAUCAAACAUCUAGGUCUGUUGUUGGGACUCCUAAAGGGUUGCCAUAA